AUGGCUGCUGAGCGGGCUGCCCCGUCAGGGAGCAGGGUGGCGGGCAUGGUGUGUGGCCUGUGGGUCCUGGUGCUGGUGUCCUCAGUCCUGGCUCUGGAAGAGGUAUUGCUGGACACCACUGGAGAGACAUCUGAGAUUGGCUGGCUCACCUACCCACCAGGUGGGUGGGACGAAGUGAGUGUUUUGGAUGACCAGCAACGCCUGACUCGGACCUUCGAGGCAUGCCACGUGGCCGUGGCCCCUCCCGGCCCCGGGCAGGACAACUGGCUGCAGACACACUUUGUGGAGCGGCGAGGGGCCCAGAGGGCGCACAUCCGGCUGCACUUCUCCGUGCGGGCCUGCUCCAGCCUGGGCGUGGCGGGGGGCACCUGCCGGGAGACUUUCACGCUUUACUACCGCCAGGCCGAGGAGCCCGACCGCUCCGACAGCAUCUCCUCCUGGCACCUCAAACGCUGGACCAAGGUGGACACGAUCGCGGCGGAUGAGAGUUUCCCCGCCUCCUCAGCGUGGGCGGUGGACCCGCGCGGGGCGGGGCAGCGGGCGGGGCUCCAGCUGAACGUCAAGGAGCGGAGCUUCGGGCCCUUGACCCAGCGCGGCUUCUACGUGGCCUUCCAGGACACCGGGGCCUGCCUGGCCCUCGUGGCGGUCAGGCUCUUCUCCUACGCCUGCCCCUCCGUGCUCCGCGCCUUCGCCACCUUUCCUGAGACGCAGGCCAGUGGGGCCGGGGGGGCCUCCCUGGUGGCGGCCGUGGGCACCUGUGUGGCGCACGCAGAGCCCGAGGAGGAUGGAGGAGGGGGCCAGGCAGGAGGCAGCCCUCCCAGGCUGCACUGUAACGGGGAGGGCAAGUGGAUGGUAGCCGUUGGGGGCUGCCGCUGCCAGCCCGGGUACGAGUCUGCUCGCGGAGACAAGGCCUGCCAAGCCUGCCCCAGGGGGUCCUACAAGGCCUUGGCUGGGAAUGCCCCCUGCUCACCGUGCCCUGCCCGCAGCCUCGCCCCUGACCCUGCGGCCCCUGCGUGCCCCUGCCUGGAGGGCUUCUAUCGGGCCAGCUCCGAUCCCCCAGAGGCCCCCUGCACUGCGCCCCCGUCGGCCCCUCAGGAGCUGUGGUUUGAGGUGCAGGGCUCUGCUCUCAUGCUGCACUGGCGCCUGCCUCAGGAGCUGGGGGGACGCGGGGACCUGCUCUUCAACGUCGUGUGCAAGGAGUGUGGAGCGGGCGGCAAGGGCCCUUGUCGCCGCUGCAGGGAUGAGGUGCACUUCGACCCCCGCCAGAGGGGCCUGACUGAGAGCCGCGUGCUCGUUGGCGGGCUCCGGGCACACGUGCCCUACAUCUUGGAGGUGCAGGCCGUCAAUGGAGUGUCGGAGCUCAGCCCCGACCCCCCCCAGGUUGCAGCCAUCAAUGUCAGCACCAGCCACGCAGUUCCCUCUGCAGUCCCUGCUGUGCACCAGGUGAGCCGGGCCUCCAGCAGCAUCACCGUGUCCUGGCCACAGCCCGACCAGACCAACGGGAACAUCCUGGACUAUCAGCUCCGCUACUAUGACCAGGCAGAAGACGAAUCCCACUCCUUCACCCUGACCAGCGAGACCAACACGGCCACCGUGACCCAGCUGAGCCCCGGCCACAUCUAUGGCUUCCAGGUGCGGGCACGGACGGCCGCAGGCCACGGCCCGUACGGGGGCAAGGUCUACUUCCAGACGCUGCCUCAAGGUGAGCUGUCCGCCCAGCUUCCCGAGAGACUCUCCUUGGUGGUUGGGUCCAUCCUGGGGGCGCUGGCCUUCCUUCUGCUGGCGGCCAUCACCGUGCUGGCUCUCGUCUUCCAGAGGAAGCGGCAUGGAACUGGCUACAUGGAGCAGCUGCAGCAGUACAGCAGCCCAGGGCUCGGGGUGAAGUACUACAUCGACCCCGCCACCUACGAGGACCCCUGCCAGGCCAUCCGAGAAUUCGCCCGGGAGGUCGACCCCACAUACAUGAAGAUCGAGGAGGUCAUUGGAGCAGGCUCCUUCGGGGAGGUGCGCCGGGGCCGCCUGCAGCCCCGGGGACGGCGGGAGCAGGCCGUGGCCAUCCAGGCCCUGUGGAGCGGAGGCGCCGAGAGCCUGCAGACGGCCUUUCUAGGCCAGGCCGCAGUGCUGGGCCAGUUUCAGCACCCCAACAUCCUGCGGCUGGAGGGCGUGGUCACCAAGAGCCGGCCCCUCAUGGUGGUGACGGAGCUCAUGGAGCUGGGCCCCCUGGACAGCUUCCUGAGGCAGCGGGAGGGCCAGUUCAGCAGCCUGCAGCUGGUGGCCAUGCAGCGGGGCGUGGCCGCCGCCAUGCACUACCUGUCCAGCUUCGCCUUCGUCCACCGUGCACUCUCUGCCCACAGUGUGCUGGUGAACAGCCACCUAGUGUGCAAAGUGGCUCGUCUUGGCCACAGUCCUCAGGGCCCAAGUUGUAUGCUUCGCUGGGCAGCCCCAGAGGUCAUUGCACACGGGAAACAUACAACAUCCAGUGACGUCUGGAGCUUUGGGAUAGUGAUGUGGGAAGUGAUGAGUUACGGAGAACGACCCUACUGGGACAUGCGUGACCAGGAGGUACUAAAUGCAAUAGAGCAGGAGUUCCGGCUGCCCCCGCCUCCAGGCUGUCCGCCUGGACUACACCUGCUUAUGCUGGACACUUGGCAGAAGGACCGUACCCAGCGACCGCACUUUGACCAGCUGGUGGCUGCGUUUGACAAGAUGAUCCGCAAGCCAGACACUCUGCAGGGAUCAGAGCAGUCCGGCGGGAGCCCCAGGGACAGACCUUCUCAGGCCCUUCUGGACCCCGUGGCCCUGGACUUUCCCUCUCUGGACUCCCCCCAGGCCUGGCUCUCGGCCAUCGGCCUGCAGUGCUACCAGGACAGCUUCUCCCAGUCUGGUCUCCACACCUUCAGUGACGUGGCUCAGCUCAGCCUGGGAGACCUGCCAACCCUGGGCAUCACCCUGGCCGGCCACCAGAAGAAGCUGCUGCACCACAUCCAGCUCCUGAAGCAGCACCUGAGGCCGCUGGGCUCCGUGGAGGUCUGA